UUGAAAGAGAAAUUCAGUAUGAAAAACCAUACUAUAACUACAGAGUUUGUGCUUUUGGGAAUAACAGACAACAGAGAGCUUCAGGUAGUAAUUUUCAUCUUUUUAUUAAUAACUUACAUAUUAAGCAUCACUGGAAACCUAACCAUCAUCAUCCUCACUUUGCUAGACUCUCACUUAAAGACUCCUAUGUAUUUUUUCCUCAGGAAUUUCUCUUUCGUAGAAAUCAUGUUCACAAGUGUUUCUGUCCCCAGAUAUUUGGGGUCAAUAAUUACUCAAGUCAAGACCAUUUCCUAUAACAACUGUUUGGCUCAACUAUUUUUCUUCAUCUCCAUGGGAGUGUCUGAGUUCUUUCUUCUAACUGCCAUGUCCUAUGACCGCUAUGUCGCCAUCUGCAAGCCGCUGCACUACACUGUCAUCAUGAGCCAGAAAGUUUGCACCCUUCUUGCCCUCACCUCAUGGCUGGCAGGAUUUCUGACAGUCUUCCCACCAUUUAUGCUGGUCUUAAAGUUAGAUUUCUGUGCCUCUAAUAUCAUCGAUCACUUUUUCUGUGACUAUUUUCCCCUCUUACAACUGUCUUGUUCAGAUACUUGGCUCCUAGAGGUGAUUGGUUUCUAUGUUGCUCUGGUCACUCUAUUGUUCACUUUGGCAUUGGUGAUUUUAUCUUACAUGUACAUUAUUAGGACUAUUUUAAGAAUUCCAUCCACCAGCCUGAUGAAGAAGGCUUUCUCUACCUGUUCCUCUCACAUGCUUGUCAUCUCCAUAACUUAUGGAAGCUGCAUAUUUAUCUAUGUGAGGCCUUCUGCAGAAGAAAGGACAUCACUGACCAAAACAGUAGCUGUUCUCAGCACUUCCAUUGCUCCUAUGUUGAACCCUUUUAUUUAUACCUUGAGGAACCAGCAGGUAAAACAAGCCUUCAAAGUCUUGGUUCACAAAAUAGUUUUUCACAAAAGCAAAUGGAAAAGAAAAUGUGUUAAUGUAAAGAGAUGCCAUUGCAAACAUUCAAUAAAAUUUAAUUAA